UGGAAGUCGGUACUCCCGUUACCUUUUUCACUUGGAGGAGCUCUGAUGGAUGCGAAUCUAUGAAAGAAACAUUAUUUUGCUAAUUUUAGAUCUGAAGCAAAUUUAUUUUUGCUGUUUGCACUGGGUCUAGCAGUUGGAGUGACGUCAUUUCAGGCAGCCAUAUUUCCGUCAUGACGCAUGCGUAUUGGUUAGAAAACUAGAAUCGCCAGUACCGGGAUUAGAAUUGAAGCCAUUUCUUUACGCAUACAGUAUUUUACUGUAAUUUCGGAGUACACUCAUAGUCUUAAAUUAUGGCUAAUCCAGGUUCAAAGCCGGAACAGGUGUUAAUAAUAGAACCGGAACAUGAACUAAAAUUCCAAGGACCCUUCACGUCGCCGGUUACUUCUUAUAUGAAGCUAACAAAUCCUACCACUAAAAAGGUGUGUUUCAAAAUCAAAACGACAGCUCCAAAGAAAUACUGUGUGCGGCCAAAUUCUGGUGUUCUGGACGCAAAGGCAUCAAUUGAUGUAGCAGUGACUCUACAGCCUUUUGAAUUUGAUCCGAAUGAGAAGAAUAAACACAAGUUCAUGGUACAGACACUGAUUGCUCCAGAGGAAGAAUUCAAUUUGGAUUCAGUGUGGAAAGAUGCCAACCCAGAUUCACUUAUGGAUUCGAAGCUGAAGUGUGUAUUUGAGAUACCUGUAGAUCCAGCAACAGCUUCAAGAGAGAAUAACGUCGAUGCGUCACCAGCCAUCCAUGAAGAGAAAUCAAAGAGGAUUGGUGACGGAGCAAAAUCUUCUCCUAAGCCUAAUGCUGCUGUAGAUGGAGAACUUAUGAAAGCGGCAGCUGAAGUGAAACGUUUGAGGGAGGAAGAAAGUAACUUAAGACAAGAAAACCUCCAACUGAAGGAGGAAAUCUUGAGACUUCGUCGUGCAAUUUCUAAUGUUGAUCUUUCACCACAGAUGGCCUCCUCUACUACUGCAAUGGCACCUGCACCACUUCCUUUUAUGUAUUUAGCAGCUGCUAUUGCCAUGGGACUUAUGGGAAUAAUUCUGGGGAAGUUUUUGCUUUGAAGGACUGAACAAAAUGGCAGCACCUACCAACUGCAGUACUGUGAGUCAGCCUGUUGUUUGCAGCUUCCUUACCCUCUUUCUCUCCAGCUCAGAAUCAGAAAUUGUCUUUUGUGUGUGCCACAUUCGAUUGUAAAAACUUAUUUAAAGCCAUUUUCUCAUGUCAGUUUCUUUGUGUCCCAACUUAUGUGAUUAUUGGAGAGAGGAAGAAGGGUUUAAGGAAAAUUUGUUUUUAUUCUAUGGUGCCACAUUUUGGUGGUGUGCAAUUUCCUGCGCUAACUUGAGUAGGCGACUCACAUUGAAUGGCUUACCAAUGAUUGUACAUAACAUGUUGUAUAUGGAUAAUUUAGAUUGAAAUCAAUUGAGUUGUAGCACUGUUCAAAGCCAAAUUAGAAGAAAUAAAUGAAGAAAGCUGCACCUUUUGAUUUUAGGUAUCUUGUUAAAACAGUUUGGCUGUGUGAGUUGUGGUAGACUCAUUUAGCUGGAUAAUUACCUGAAGCUAUUUGACAACUUGGAAUGCUAUAGUUGGUAACUGUUACAUUUAUGUUGCUGAAGAAAUUGCAUCACCCAGCGAAUUAUCAGCAUUUUUUUAUGAUGGAUUUUUGGUAAAGUCCCCAUAUAUAUAUUGACGGUUUCCCAGAAACUUUAAAACUUCUUGAUUUUAUUAACUUUUGUAUUGUGCAUGAAUUAAUUUGCGUCCUUGUAAUUUUGCUGGAAAGAGUUACGUUGGUGAUUGAUUGAUUGGUCUUCUAUACAUAUAUGUAGCUUUUAAUGGUCUUAUCAUACUUAAAUACGCUGAAUAUCCACUAGCCGAAACGAGUCAUAUAGGUGCAUACAGGUGCAUUUAUGGCAUUGUUAUUAUUAAUAUGACAAAGUUUUUCAGGAAUUUUAUGAAUUCCACUUUUCGGUCUACCUGAGUGAAGGGUGUGAGGGGAAGGGGUGUGCGUGUGUAUAUAUACCUGAUCUUUUGAGUCCUGAUUGAACUGACGUUAACUCAUUGUGGUAGUUCCUUUGACUUUUAUGAGUAGUAAAAUGCUGAGACACUUCUUUAUGCAUUGCCUUAAUUCAUAAGGAAAUAGUUGUUCCGUCAAGAGAUUCAGCAUGUACUGUUGGAAAAACAGUUCUCUAUAAAAUCACUAUCAAAAUGGCUCUUAGGAGGUUGUUGCAAAUUAUUUUUAAUUGUGCUUAAAGUGGUCAGAUCUGUGGUUUCUUUAAAUGUAUACCACAGUUUCUCCAGUGAAGACCAUGGUGCUGUUAUGAUGAACGGACUGUUAUCACAGCCUUUGCUCUCUACGCCUGAACUUCACUUCCUGUUUUAUUUGUACAGAUUGAUUGUAUGCUUGUUUGUUUUUAAUAAUUUAAUGACAGGAAUAACUUAUAGUUGUAGACCGAAUUGUAUUAAUUAAAUAAAUAUUAAAUUAGGA